CCUUACUCAAAUAAGUGCUGAUAAUCUUGGUGCUAAUUCCCUACUGGGAUUUGUAGAGAGCUUUUCUGCUCAUUAUUACUGUCGAUUAUGUGUUACAAGUAAGGAAGAGGCACAGAACAAAUUCAAAGAGGUUUCAAUGGAUAUGCGCACCAGGCAGACUUAUGAGCAACAUUUAGAAGAAGCUGAAGCUCAAACUACCCAGUCACAUGUGUUUGGAGUGAAACAAAAGACUGUAUUGAAUGAUUGUAUUUACUUUCAUGUCUUGGCAAACUUUUCACUAGAUAUAAUGCAUGAUCUUUUGGAAGGCAUAGUUCAGUAUGAGCUGAAACUUGUUCUAGAGUAUUUCAUAUAUGAAAGGCAACCGCCCCUCUUGUCCCAAGAUGAACUGAAUCAGAGAGUCGCCAGCCAUUGCUUAAACCGUACAGAUAACAAGAACAAACCAUCCUUUAUUAAACUUAGGUCAGCUAGGAAUGAUGUUGGACAGAAGGCUAUGCAAGCAUGGUGCUUGAUUCGAAAUCUGCCAUUCAUAAUUGCUCAAGACAUUGAAGAAGGAAAUGUCUACUGGGAAUUGCUACUUAGAUUACUAGAUUGUAUGGACAUUAUUUUUGCUCCUCAAUUGACAGCAGGCUUGAUAGCCCAAUUGUCUAUUCUUACUGAAGAACAUCACACACAUUUCCAGAAAACCUUUCCUGACAGAAGGUUGUUGCCAAAACACCACUUUAUGGUGCAUUAUCCAACGUGUUUGAGAGAAGUUGGGCCACUCAUACAUGUAUGGUGUAUGAGGUACGAAGCGAAACAUCACUAUUUUGGCCGUGUUGCAGAAUCUGUGCGUAAUUACAAAAACAUUUGUAAAUCACUUGCCAAAAAACAUCAGACAGCACUAACGUUCCAUCUUCAGUCAAACCAUCCUUUGGAAUAUCUGGAGGUUGGGCCAGGUAGUUCACUACUUUUGUCAGAUUUAGAUGAAAAUAUUGGACAGAUUGUGCAAGAGCAAAUCCAAGUAGAGGAUCUUUCUACUGAAUUAUUUGAUGCCAACUGGGUUAAAGUACAUGGAACACAUUAUCAGUUGUCACUUCUGGUCUGCCAUGAUGUUAGCGAGCUUCCUCUGUUUGGUCAAAUAGAGCAUAUCAUUGUACACCAUAGCACUGUAUUUUUUGUACUUGUCCAAUUAGAUACAGUGUAUUACAAUUCACACUAUCAUGCCUAUGCAGUAGAAUUUAGUUUUCCACGUUGUCAUGUAGUGAAGAAUCAAAAGGAACUUGUUGACUACAAACCACUAGAUUUGAUGACAACUUUGUCGAAGACAGACUCGAGGAAGUAUGUAGCACCAAGGCAUGUACUUUUUAAGUAAUUUAAAGCUUUCAAGCUAAUGUCUGGUUUUGCUUAGUGGU